AUGUCAUGGAAUCUACUAUUUGUGCUGCUAAUAGGAUUCGUAGUUUUGAUAUUACUUUCGCCCGUCUUCAAGUCAACAUGGCCAUUUUCGACUUUCUAUCGUAAUGUGUUUCAGCCCUUCCUAGUGGAUGACCAAAAAUAUCGUUGGAAGUUGCAUUUAGUACCUCUUUUCUACACCUCUAUUUACCUGUACCUAGUAUAUACAUACCACAUGAGAGUGGAGUCUACGAUUAAGAAUGAGCUAUUCCUUUUAGAACGAAUACUGAUCGUGCCUAUAAUUAUACUACCGCCGGUAGCAUUAGGAAUUCUAGCCAUGGUAAGCAGAGCUGAGGAUUCAAAGGAUCAUAAAUCAGGCUCGACAGAGGAAUAUCCAUAUGAUUACCUAUUGUAUUAUCCUGCCAUAAAGUGUUCGACAUGCCGGAUCGUCAAGCCUGCUAGAUCCAAACAUUGUAGCAUUUGCAACCGAUGCGUUCUCGUCGCCGACCAUCAUUGCAUCUGGAUAAAUAACUGCAUCGGAAAGGGAAACUACCUUCAAUUCUACCUUUUCCUAAUUUCCAACAUAUUCUCGAUGUGCUACGCCUUUCUAAGGCUGUGGUACAUUUCUUUAAAUAGCACAAGUACGCUCCCUAGAGCUGUUCUGACUCUUACCAUAUUAUGUGGAUGCUUCACUAUCAUCUGCGCUAUUUUCACGUAUCUUCAAUUGGCCAUUGUAAAGGAGGGAAUGACUACAAAUGAGCAAGAUAAAUGGUAUACCAUUCAAGAGUAUAUGAGAGAAGGAAAACUGGUGAGAUCAUUGGAUGAUGAUUGCCCAUCUUGGUUUUUCAAAUGCACAGAACAAAAAGAUGACGCUGCUGAACCACUCCAAGAUCAACAUGUUACGUUUUAUAGCACGAAUGCCUACGACCAUAAGCACUACAACCUUACACACUACAUCACGAUUAAAGACGCGUCCGAAAUUCCCAAUAUAUAUGACAAAGGUACCUUCCUGGCCAAUCUCACAGAUUUAAUAUAG